AUGGAAGUACCUCCAUUUCUUUUUUUUACGGCCAGACCCAACCUCGCCGCGCAAUUUCCUUCCGGGGCUCAACAUCCGGUGGGUUUUCACUGUGCGGGUUUCUCUUUUGAGGUCAUGGGGUGCGUGAGUGGGCGGAAUAAAGGGUCGGUGUGUUGUGUGUGGGUUUUUCUCUCACUCCCUUCCUCCUUCCCUGUCCGUGCGUCUCGACGCUGGCGAUGGAAAUGGGGUGCCCCCACCCGUCUUGAAACACGGACCAAGGAGUCAAACAGACGCGCAAGGGAGGAGUAUGUAUGUGAGAACUCUUUUCUCGUACUGAAAGGGAGGUGUGAUUUUACACCCGUGGCGUGCGCAAUUUCUCUUUUUUGUGUUUUUGCCCAACGCCGGCCGGCCCCCCGUGGGCUGCGCGCGAGUGUGCCUGUUUGGACCCGAAAGGUGGUGAACUAUGCCUGA